AUGCCUGUUCUCAAGGCCCCCUCGGGCAAUAUCGAUGCCCCAUCGCAGUACAAACAACCAUCCAGGAAGGGCAAGAAGGCGUGGCGCAAGAAUGUCGACGUUACCGACAUCACGAAGGGCCUUGACCAGCUGAAUACUCAAAAGAUUAUUGGUGGAGUUAUUGCGGAAAAGGAUUCUGCCGAUCUGUUCGUUCUCGACGUCAAGGGCGAUGCCUCUAUCACCAAGAAGUUCCCCAAGAUCAAGAAGGGCCUCAAGUCAGAUGAGAUUCUUGCGGCUCGGUCAGCAGUACCGGCUGUGCCUAUGCGCAAGCGCCCCGCUCACGACAAGACCACAGAUGGUGUUCUUCCAGUCAAAAGGCAGCGCAAGGAGUAUGUCAGCGGCAAGGAGCUCAGCAGAUUAAAGAGGGUGGCAGAUGGGCAACACGACUCAACGGUUGACAUCGUCGAUGCCGCAUUUGACCCUUGGGCCGACGAGCCACAGCCAGAGCCAGAGAAGGCUGUCGAGCUGGCUUUCCUGCCCGAGAAAGAGAAGCCCAAGAAGCCCAAGACCCUCGAACAACAAUCCAUCUCACUCUCUGCCAACGGCAAACCGAUCCCUGCUGUCUAUGUACCGAAGGGUGGCGCCAGUUACAACCCCGACUUCACCGAGUAUCGAGAACGGUUGAUCGAGGAAAGCGAGAAGGCUGUGGAGGCCGAGAAGAAGCGUCUUGCCGAAUUAGAAGCGGAAAGGAUUAAACUUGAGGCCGCCGCUCGAUCAGCCGCCGAGGCUGAAGCUGCCGAGGCAAGGGCGGAUCUUUCAGAGUGGGAGGACGAUUCUGCUUGGGAAGGAUUCGAGAGUGCGGGAGAGGAGCUCAAUGUCAAGGCCAAGCGGCCAAGACGCAAAACACAGGCUGAGAGAAACAGAAUCAAGAGAAGAAAGGAGGAAGAACGGAGGCAGAAGCACGAAGCGGCCAUGAAGGCAAAGAAUGCCCAGGCCGAGCGGAUCAAGCAAAUUGCGUUGGAGGUGGCAGAGAAGGAAAGGCAGUUGGCCCUUGAAAAGGCCGAGUUCAGUGAUGCGGAGGAGAUUGGUGAUGACGAGAAGCUGCGGAGGAAACAGUUUGGCCGGUACAGGCUGCCGGAGAAGGACUUGGAGCUUGUGCUUCCAGACGAGCUUCAGGAUUCGUUGAGACUCCUGAAGCCAGAAGGCAACCUGCUCAAGGACAGGUACAGGAGCAUGUUGGUUCGGGGCAAAAUGGAGGCUCGGAGAAAGAUUCCCUACAAGAGGCUGGCCAAGACCAAGAUCACAGAGAAGUGGACGUAUAAGGACUUCCAGCUCCCAGCCUAA